AUGUAAAAGUAGAGAAAAUGUGAGAAUAAGAGAACAAAAUAAAGAGAAUAAAGAAAAUAUAUUUAUUUAAUAUAAUAAAAAACUAUGAAAUUAUGUUCAAUCAUCAUUCAAAAUAAAAGAGGGCAAAAUAUCUUUGUUGUCUCAUCCAAUGAUUAUUCUCAUGAAUUAUCAUUAUAACAUUCUAAGGAUAUAUACAACUACAUUCUUAGUCAAAUUAGUAUUCAUAAAUUAAUCAUUUAGAGACAGGAAAAAAGAUUGAUAGAUCUAUUGUAUUAGAUUCAAAUUAUGUUUGUAUUUGCAAUGUAAAUAAAGAUGUAAUUACAAUCAACCUAAUGACUUUAGGCAAUAUUUUUAGUUAUUGUAUAACGAAAUGAAUUAUUCUUGGGAUAUGAAGCUAUCAAAAAAUUAGCAGAAUUCUAUGCUACAUAUUAUAAGUAAGAAAUCACUACUAGAAAAUAUUAAGAAGUAAUUUUUCAAUUCUAUUCUUAGAUGUUACUUUUAUUAGAAGAAUUUUUAUACACUAAAGAAUUUUUACCUCAAAAAUUAUAAUUUAAUUUAACAGUUAAAGUCCCUGUUUCCUCUAGAUGUAUUGCAGAUUGUGAUCAUCUUUAAAAGUUUUCAUCACUCUAAGCCACAAUUGAAAAAAAUCUAAUUGCUAAUAUACCUCUCAAAUAUGCAAAGAAAUAAUAAAUUAUUGAAAAAGAAAUAGAUAUUAUAAACAUAUUUAUUAAACCAAUAACAAAUUUAGAUGAAUAUAAGCCAAACUAAGAAGAACUUUAAUGGAAACAAAAAUUCAAAAAAAGUCUUUAUGAUUGUGCCUUUAAAAUGAAGAGUAAAUAAGUUCACAAAGAAAAUAUCUUCCAAAAAUAUAAACCACAAAAACCAAAUACUUAAUAUAAAUAACAUGCAUAAAAAUCAACUUAAUUACUAAAUUAAUAUAAGGGUAUAAGCAGUUCAGAUAUAUAAAUAAUGAAGCUUAUUUUUUAAAGUUAGAUACAAAAAGGAUAAUAGGAUCUUUCUAAUUAAUAAAAUAAAUAAUAAUCAUCAAAACCAAUCUAGUAGUAACAUACUAGAUAAAUUAAUUUAUUAGAUUAUGGUGAAAAUUUUACAUCAGUUGAAGCCCCAAAAAUAUUGCCUUAAUAAGUUUAAAGUUCUAAUGAAGAAUAACCAAAAACUAAUCCUAUUUAAGUAAAACCAAAAUUAUAAUAAAAUGCAAAUGAUCUAUUGGAUUUAGAUGAUAGACCACAUCAUUAAGUAUAACCAUAAAUUUAAUAAAUAUCUGGUCCUGAUUUAUCAUUUUUAAAUUUAUCUCCAGUAAAAUAAUUAGAACCUUGCUUAAAAAUGCUGGAGAAAAUGAUUAUUGCUUAAAAAGAUGGUAGAUUGAAAGAAUUAAAAAUAUAUGGAUAAAUUGCUUUAGAUGGAGAUUUUACAUUUGAUGAUUAAUCUAAUCUUUAACUUUUGGGAUAAUAUUGGUAAGAUACAUAUGGAUGUUAAAGAAGGAUAACUCCAAAUUCAUUAGAUUUGCAAUUAUUGAAUGAGAAUAGUUAUAAAAUGAUUGUUAAAAAUGCUAGUUAUAAGGUUCCAAAGGGCAUUAUUGAUUAUAUCAUUCCAACAAAAGCAUUUUCUUAAUAAAGGAUACCAGUUAUAUUUUUAUAUAGAUUGGAAUGUGUCUAAUCAUUUGCCAGUUAUUGUCUAUAAUAUAAAGUAAAUGAUUAAUGGUAAGUUCCAUUAUAAGAUAUUGUUAUUGAAGUCAAUCUAGAAAAGGAUGUAGAAUAUGAUGAUUUAAAAACAAUCCCAGUAGCAUAAAAUAUUACUGAUAAAUAAAUAACUUGGAAAGUACAAAUAUAUAUUUAAAUAGGCUAAAUAAUUACUAUAAUAGUAAAAAGGUAAAUUGAUUUUGAAUCUUACAGGUAUUAAGAAGUAAGGAUCCUAAAUUUUAAAUCAUAUAAGAAUUAGUUUAAAAGCUAAUGUAAUUGAUAAUACUUAAUUUAGACAUCUGUUAUUGAGAAUAUGGAUAGCAUAAUGUUUUAUAAUAGCUAAGAAUACAAAUGCUAGAAAAAGCUGAGUGUUGAAUACAAAAUAUAUCCGAAUUCUUGA